AUGCGCUUCAUCCAGCUUCUUCCCGUCCUCCCAGCGUUGGCUGCAGCGCAAGAACAGGUUCCCCUUGGGAGCCGCGUUCAGGGUUGGUUCAACAAGGCCAAGUCCUACCUGCCAACUGCCACUCCCGUGAUUCCCGCAGUUGAGAAGGUGGUUGAGCAGAAGAAGAUCCAGGCGAAGACCGUUACCGACUUCAACCUAAGCAACUGGCAGUCCAUUCUGGAACCCUCUUCGAAACCGAGGAACUGGCUUGUCUACAUUACUGGUGGAAACAAGACAUGCUUCGGACGCUGUGGCCAGGCCGACAAGUCUUUCAAUGAAUCCGUUCUCUUGUUUUCUGCCGAUCCGACCUCCCCCAAUCUGGGUCGCGUGGACUGUGAAUCGAACCAGAUACUUUGCUCUGUCUGGUCCGCUGGCGCUCCAUCGAUUUGGCAUCUCCAGGUCCCUCAGGCUCAGAAUCGCGAGGAACGUCCUGCCACUGCCCUCCACACUGUGUACCUGAACUCAACUACCGUGACCCCCGAAACGAUCUACGAAAUCCACUCGAAGAAGACGUAUGAAAACAAGCCUGCUUACGAGGGCGCUUUCCACCCCACGGAUGGCUGGCUCGCGCGGGCGGGACUCCUUGUCCCUGUGGGCUACGUCAUCUACGGCUUUGGUGCUAUCCCCAGCUGGCUUUUCAUGAUUCUUAUCAGCUUUUUCAGCAGGAGCAUGAUGAGCCGUCGACUUGGGAACCCGGGUGCCCCAGCGCAAGCCCCAACUGCUCGCUCUAAUUAG